AAUUCUUAAAGUGAUUUUAAUGAUUUUUCUUCUAGAUCUCUGUUUAUUGUAUAGCGAAUGCCUGCAUGCGUCAGCAAUUAAUGUUUAUGCCGGAAACUAUUCAUGAUUAUUGGAGAUAUUUUACUUAUAUGCUGUUGCAUUCAGAUAUCUUGCAUUUAUCAAUGAAUGUGUGUCUUCAGUUUGUUAUUGGUUUCUGUUUGGAAAGUGAACAAGGUCAUUUGAAAGUAGCAUGUAUUUACAUAAUUGGCGGAGUUGCUGGUUCAUUGGCCACUCUUUAUUUGCAGCCACAACUGUCACUAAUGGGUGCUUCAGCCGGUGUCUAUGCCAUGUUGAUGAGCCACAUACCACAUUUGCUAAAGAAUUUUCAUAAUUUGCCUCAACGUUAUAUGCGCAUUCUGUCGAUGGUGAUUUUAUUUAUAAGUGACAUGUGUUUUACCACAUUCCAUGUUCUUAUCAAUCACAAUACGAAUCCACGUAUUUGUUUGGAAGCUCAUGCAGCCGGUGCCAUAAGUGGUCUAGUGUUUGGAUUUUUUAUAUAUACAAAAAAUUCUAAAAAGUCUACAGUUGGUGGUGGGAGAUUGAGAUUGGUGGGCAGAAGUGCAAGAGAUGAUCAACAUGUGUGACGUAUGCUGGAGAACAAUGAAAUUAUUGUUUACUUUGUUUUCCAGAGACUAUAGACCGAUGCGAAUAUUGUUUUAGUUAAUUUUAGUUUAAAAUAAUUUUAAAGCAAAAUAUUUAUAUAUUAUUUAUAUAGAAAAUAGAUUUGCAUGUUUAGCUUUUGAUAAGUAUGUAUAUUUAUUUAUAAAAUGUUUAUUACUUAUAUUUACAAUUAAAAAAUUUUAUUUUUUUUGAAAUUUUCUAGAUAAUUUUUGACACUUUCCUAUGAAUUCAUAAUAAAUUAAAGUGUAAGUCACGUAAUUGUUUAACCAGUUGUUUGUACAUAUGUUUCACUUUCAUUUAGCAUAAAUUUUAUUAGUAUUUUUAUGUAAAAAUCUACUAGAUUAUUAUGGUUAUAAUAACAAUGUAUAGCUUUUUAUGGUUUAAUAACAUUUAGGCUAAUCAUAGACUGUUGUUGUCAGCAAAGUGUUAGUUAUAAAUUAAAGCAAAACAUGUUUAAGUAAUUGCUAAUAUUUAUUAUAUUCCUUAUAUAAAACUGUUAACUCCUCCCUUAGUUAUUAGCUUUUUUUACGCAUUUUUAUAUUGAACUUUUGAAAUCAUAAUUAUUAUUAUUUUUUUUUAACAUAAAAAAAUCGUGAUAAAAUUAUAC